AUGUCUCACUUCGCAUUCCUCGCGGCGGCGCUCUUCCUGCUGGCCGCCUCCAGGUGGACAUUGCCGACCUCCGCUGAACUCCCCCGAUUCCGCGAGGCCCCGGCUUUCCGCAACGGACCCGGCUGCGUCUCCGCUCCGACCAUCCACAUCGCCAUGACCCUCGACGCCGCCUACCUCCGCGGCUCCGUAGCCGGUGUCCUCUCUGUUCUACGCCACUCCUCCUGUCCCGAAUCCAUCGCCUUCCACUUCCUGGCUACCCGACCACGCCGCUUCCGUCCCGUCGUGGCGGCCGCCUUCCCUUCCCUCACCUUCGAAGUCCACCGCUUCGACCCCGACCUCGUUCACGGCCGCAUCUCCUCCUCCGUCCGCCGCGCCCUCGACCAGCCCCUCAACUACGCGCGCAUCUACCUCGCCGAUAUCCUCCCCCGCUCCGUGCGCCGCGUCAUCUACUUCGACUCCGACCUCGUCGUCGUCGACGACGUCGCCCGCCUUUGGGCCACCGACCUCGCCCCUUACCAGGUCCUCGCCGCCCCCGAAUACUGCCACGCCAACUUCACCACUUACUUCACCGACCGCUUCUGGUCCGAUCCGGCACUCCCCCACGUCCUCACUGGCCGCCGGCGCCCCCCCUGCUACUUCAACACCGGGGUCAUGGUCGUCGAUCUCGACCGCUGGCGUGCCGGCGAGUACACCCGUAAACUUGAGUUCUGGAUGGAAGUCCAGAAGCGCAAGGCCCGGAUCUACGAGCUCGGCUCGCUUCCGCCGUUCCUCCUCGUCUUCGCCGGCGAGGUCAAGGGAGUGGACCACCGGUGGAAUCAGCACGGCCUCGGCGGCGACAACAAGGAGGGCCUAUGCCGAGAUCUACAUUCGGGGCCGGUGAGCCUCCUCCACUGGAGCGGAAAGGGCAAGCCGUGGCUCCGCCUCGACGCCGCCCGCCCGUGCCCGCUCGACGAUCUCUGGGCGCCGUACGACCUCCUUCUCCGCGAUGACGACCCCUUCUCCGACGUCUGAUCCGCCCCUCCUCCACGUCCACCGUCGACGACGGCCAUCCGAUCUGAUCGAUUCGCGCCGCGGGACCUUGCUCGAGUGAAGGGGCCCGUGGCAGCUGGAGGCGGGGGGACCCUUCAGAUGCAUAGAAGGGCUACCAUAACUUCAGCUCUAGAGUUCCUUUCAAUCUGUCUUCAUGACAACAAGGCAGGAGACGAACUGUUCUUGUCUUCUUCUCUUAUCGUCAUAGAUUGAUUCUUUGCCGUUCAUAAUAGUUUUCAGAUAUCGUAAGGUCCAUUUUUAUUCGGCUUUA